UAAAGUGGGUACGAAAGAGGACAUUAUCUUAUUUCUAGACUAGUAGACUAUUAUGACAGAAAAUAUAGAUUAAAACGUUGUUUUUUUUGCUUGUCACUUUAAGAAGUCCCCCCUUUCUCAACUUUUCGUUCUACUCCUACUUCACUGAUAUGUAUCAAAGGAAUAAGCAAUAAUUUUACUCGCGUACAGCUAAUAGAAUGGAGAAGCGCUAGUGUUAACGCAAAAUCCCUGAUUUAUUAAAGACUAAAUAUCUCAAACAUCGUGGUAUAAACCGGUAUGCAAAUUUUGUGUGUUCAAUCUUUUUAAUUAUGCAUUCGUCUUAAAUGCAAAAUGUAUUACUUUCUAAUUAAAAAAGUGCUACAACAUGCGCAAGUCAGAUACAAAGUUAACAAAAGUAACAAAAUAAACGGGAUGGUAACAACCAGCCGUAUAUUUUCUGUACUUGUAGUCAGGUCAAGGUCCUCGGCUAUCAUCUCGGACUUGACCCGACUACUCGUGCAGAAAAACUAUACGGUAACGGUUGUUACCAGCCAGUUUUUUUUUGUUACCUUUGUUCUGUAUAUAAUACGUAUUGAAUACAAUUUUGCAAAUCGUAGAUAAAAAUAGAUUACAGGUAAGAAGAAAUUGUCAAUCAAAACAAAUGGGAAAUAACUCCAGUUUAAAAAUAGGUAUUACCUUCAAACAUGUCAAAGGUGUCAUGGUAGGGAUAGCAAAAGAUAAUUACGUUGGAGAUGAAGCCCAGACAAAACGUGGAAUGUUAACCAUAAACUAUCCUAUAGAACAAGGAAUAGUUACUAAUUGGGACGACAUGGAGACAAUAUGGCAUCAUACAUUUUAUACUGAACUUAGAGUGGCUCCAGAGGAACACCCUGUUAUGAUGACAGAUGCACCUCUUAAUCCCAAAGCUAACAGGGAACGUAUGAUUCAGAGUAUGUUCGAAACAUUCAACAGUCCUGCCUUUUCCGUCCAAAUACAGGCAGUUUUAUCCCAAAUUGCCUCUGGAACGACAACUGGAAUAGUUAUCGAUGUCGGUGAUGCAGUAUCACAUGUUGUACCUAUAUGGACAGGACAUGCACUACCACAAGCCACCAAACGUCUUGAUAUCGCAGGACGAGAUUUAACCGCUUAUUUACAACAUAUCUUCCACGAUAGAGGUUAUAACUUUGUCAUGUUUGUCACAACGGCUGAUAAUGAAAUUGUCAGGGACAUUAAGGAAAAGCUUUGUUUUACGGCUCUUGAUUUCGAACAGGAACUUGAAGCAUCAGCCAAAUCAUCCUAUUUAGAGAAAUCCUAUGAAUUACCAGUGAGAUGGGACUAUGAUUAACGUUGGUAACGAGCGUUUCUGGUGUCCAGAAUGAAUGUUCAGGCCAUCAUUUAUAGGUAUGAAUCACAAAAUUCCUUUCGUUACAAUAACAUUCGUAUAUUGUAAUAAAAAUACCUAUGGAGACGACGACGAUGAUUAUGAUGAAAGUUUGAAAGUGUGUGCAUAUAUUUAUAUAUAAUAUAAACACGUCUAAACAUGUGACAACUUUAUGAAAGACCGCUCAACGCCGUCCAAAAGAAAAAAAGACAUCUUUCGUCAAAGUUUUCACGGUUCCUAUUGAAGGGAUCGAUUUAAUACUUGAUCUGCAGCUUGAUAAUUUUUUGUUGUAGCGAGUAUGCAAUUUAGACAUCGGCCGUGUAUCAAUUUCCUAUUUGUCGAUAGUUCGAAAUUUUACUACACUCAUUGUACAAGGAAAUUUUUCGUCAAAGUUUUCUUAGCUCUUAUUAAAGGGAAUGAUUUAAUA